CGAUCCAUCACAACAGCAACAACACAGCCAGCAGACACAGGAUACUUGUUGCAGAGUCAAUUAGCUAGGUGUAGCCAAUAGCCAUGGCACUGUCAUCGUCUUCUUGUAAGCAUCGCAUGGUUGUGAUGGCGUUCAUUACCUUAGCAAUGGCAUAUAGUACAGCAGUAGUGGCACUGCUGUAUGAUGACAUCGAAAUCUCCUGGGGCCAGGACUGCUACUUCUACAUGGACGGCGACACCGACACCGACACGCUCGCGCUCGGCCUCGACCACACCAGCGGCUCGGGAUUCAGCUCCAAGGAUGCUUAUCUUUAUGGCCGCUUCGACAUGGACAUCAAGCUCGUGUCCAACAACUCUGCUGGCACGGUCGCCACAUUCUACCUGACGCCCGACGACGUGCCGUGGGAGUACCACGACGAGGUGGACAUGGAGUUCCUGGGCAAUGCCACCGGCGAGCCCUACACGCUGCACACCAACGUCUACCUCAAUGGCGUCGGCAGCCGCGAGCAGCAGUUCCACCUCUGGUUCGACCCCGCCGAAGACUUCCACACCUACUCCAUCGAAUGGAACCCCAAAUACAUCAUAUUCCUGGUCGACGGCACGCCAAUCCGCGUCUACAAGAACGAUCGGGCGCGCGGCGUGCCGUUCCCGACAUGGCAGCGCAUGCGUGUGCAGGGGAGCCUGUGGAACGCCGACGAGUGGGCGACGCAGGGCGGGCGCGUCAAGACGGACUGGACGCAGGCGCCCUUCUACGCCUACUACCGGAACUUCCGGGUGACGCCGUGCGUUCCAUCGCCCGGCGUGGCGUGGUGCGGCGACGAGCCGGCACAGUCCACGUGGUUCGACCGGCGGCUAGAUUCGGCGGCGCUGCGCAAGGUGCAGGAGGAGAAUAUGGUCUACGACUACUGCGAGGAUCAGAAGCGGUUCAAGGACAAGGGGCUCCCCGUGGAAUGUACCAAGGCCUAGGUUUACAGUGUGUUGGUGUGUGUAAAUUACUCCUAUUAAUUAAACUGUUCUUAGAAUUGUUUUAAUCCACGAUCCAUAAUUUUUUUAUUCAUUGGAUCAUCAAUUAUACCAUUAACAUUUUAGCUUUUUUACUCGCCAUUUUAAGAU